AAAAAUGCCACACGAACAUGUCAAAAACACCAAAAAGGCGAUUUCCAUCGGAGUGGGUCUCUAACGACUGUUUCCUUUCUGGGAUAAACAUGCAUGAGCACGUGGGCUGCACGUCACAGGAAUAUCAGCACCUUGGACAGCAGCCACAGUCGGCGCAGCGCCUUCUAUGGAUGGAGCUCUUUCUUUCCCCAUCAAUCUGCUCGGAUCCCAGGAGCAUUCACGGGGAAACUGAUAAUGAAGUUCACAUUCCAGGUCGAAGAUGCUCCAAACUGUUCUGAAAUUCAAAAUUGUAGGGAAGGAAAAACAUCCGCCUAACCAGGUACCUUUCUGGAGUCAGUCACGUGAAGUGGCACUUCGUUGUCCCACUCGUUGCCGGAGGCCACCGUGUGAUUCGGUGAAGAAGCACAGAGGAGGAUGAAGGAUUUCGUGUGAGGAUCCCGUCGGGGGGCAGCAACUCCGCCGGGGGCGCAUCCCAGGUUUGCAGGAAUCUGCAUAGCGACUCUCUUUGUCUUCCUGGUCUGUGUGGCGAAGAGACGGGGUUUUUUUCCCCCCAUUAAAUUGUUCCUCUUCUUCUGGAUGAUUAACUUUGUUCUGCUGUACCUGCUUCCGGCAGCGGGAAUAAAACCUGCAGGAUUUUGAUGAUCUGUGAAUUGAUGAAUGCCGCUGCGAGACAACAAAGGACGCAGAUUUCUGCUCUCGUCUCCAAUUACUUCCUUUGACUCAAACAAAAACAGCUUGACAGACAGAAUGUCAAGCUUCAGACGGUCUUUGACAAAGAAGAAAUAUUUUGUUAUCAACCUUUAGCAGUUUUAUUUCACUAUUGACACAUAAGAAAACCGUUAAUCAUUUUUACAUCCAUAAAAACGAUUUGAUGAGGAGGAAGACGCUUGACUUUUACGUUAGUGGCUCCAUUAAAUCCCGACAUAAUUUCCCCGAAGAAUGGUCCCUCCCCAUUGGCUGGACUGCAGUGCACAUGCUAUAACAACAGGAUAUGCAAAGAGCUGAUCUAACAGCCUAUCAUGUCCUGCACAUGCUUUUUGCAUCACAGCUCUGCUCUCUGGGCUUGAAUGGAGGAAAUUCACUAAAAAUGAUCAUAAAAACAGAAGAAAAAAACAAUAUAUUGACUAUAAUGUGAAAGAGAGAGGAGCCUCUGGAGCUUGUUUUGUUUAAAAAAGCAGUUGUGUACGUUAAAGCUGCUGAAGCAUGUUCAAGUUUGAAAUCCGGAUGUUCUUCAGCGAUUUCAAGGUGUUGCUACUGAUGAGCUCUGAACCCAGCAGGACUGACGCAGGGACAGGUACGGACACACCGUCGAGGAUGAGGGGGCUGGCCUUCGGCAGCUGUGGUUGGCCACACAUUAGCUGCUCUCGUCUGGAUGAUGAUGAAAACGAUGAUGGGGAGAACUAUGGGUCAGACCCACAACCCAUCAGUGUCAGUUUUGAGGAUGCAGAAGGAGCCAAAUACCAUAAAGGGGGCCUGGAUGGAGCCUCUCUCCUGAGUGUCUCUGAAAUAGGAGUGCAGACGCCGCAGUGCCGGAUCUGCUUCCAGGGACCUGAGAAGGGGGAGAUGUUGAGCCCGUGUCGCUGUGACGGCUCAGUGCGCUGGAGUCACCAGACCUGCCUCAUCCGCUGGAUCAGUGAGAGGGGCUCCUGGAGCUGUGAGAUCUGCCACUUCAAGUACCAAGUCCUGGCCAUCAACACCAAAAAUCCGCUGCAGUGGCAGCCCAUCCCCCUGACUGUGAUUGAAAAGGUGCAGAUUGCAGCUAUCAUCCUGGGCUCCUUGUUCCUCUGUGCCAGCGUGUCUUGGUUGGUGUGGUCAUCUCUCAGUCACUCAGCAAAAUGGCAGCGGCAGGACCUGCUGUUCCAGAUAUGCUAUGGGAUGUAUGGAUUCAUGGAUGUAGUUUGUGUGGGCUUGAUAAUCCACGAAGGAUCAUCUGUCUACCGGAUCUUUAAGCGCUGGCGGGCAGCGAACCAGAAGUGGAAAGUGCUGAACUAUGAAAAAGCGAAGGACUUAGCUGACCCCACCGGUUCCAGUCCUGAAUCUGCUGCUCGACUUGAGAGGAACUCCUCAAGCGUUGAGAGGGACAGGGGCCAGGGGGCGCGCCAGCAUGUCAGGACUAUUCUCAGCCGUUCCUGUGGCUACACGGUUUUACACAUCCUGAGACACCUGAGACCAAACAACCUGAACACGAGCAACCAGGAGGUCGUCAUGAGAGUGACCACGGUUUGAUGCCACCAUUGCUAAAGAAGACUGUUGUCAGGGCAUUUUUGGAAAAUGAUCUUGACACUGCCUGGAACUGUCGUGUCCCAUAAUGCGCCCAAGAUUCUUAUGCAUUCAGAUCGAGAGUCAAAAAUGAAAAACUGGGUAACAAGUAAACCAUUAAAAAAAAAAAAAAAAGAUUUUUUGAAUCUUUUAACAUUUUGUGCCACAUCAACAGUAAUUCUAAAUUGCUUUGGGCAUUGUUUAAUCUUGUCUCUCCUCAGAUUUCAUCCCAAACACCAAACCUUGUUUUUCAGAAAUGACUUUCUGCCUCAGGAGUUCGUGCACGCAGGCUCAAAAUUAUGGUUCAAACAAAAA